GAGGAAGUCCCGCCUGCAGCGCUUCCGGCAGGCGAAUCCCGGCGAGCUCUUCCCCUGGGCGCCCCUGCGCGCCCUGGGCUACACGUCGGCGGGAGGCUCGAACAUCAAGCUGGAUCCUGAGACCGGAAGGCCGUUGAGUUCGUUGUUCAAGGUUGGGUUUGGUGAGCCUUUCUCCAACGUCUACGACAGGAAGAUCGUUCUCAUGGAUGAAGUGCACAACCUCAUCCGCGCCAGGACACAGUUCGCCGCACAGCUGGAGGUGCUCAGGGCCAGGCUCGCCGCGGCGGAGGACUGCGUCAUCGUGGGGUUCACGGCCACGCCCAUCCCGGACCACCCCUCGGAGGGCCGGCUGUUGCUCGACACCUUCAAGGGCGACGCCAACGUGGGCCGCACCGACGAGGGCUUCGUCAGCUCAGGGCCCCCCAAACG